AUGGCGACACUCGGCGUUCGCCGAGUGGCUAUCAUUGGGGCAGGUCCAUGUGGACUGGCGGCUGCCAAGUACCUCAUGGCUGAGAAGUACUUUGAACAAAUUGAUGUGUUCGAGCAGAGGAACACUAUUGGUGGGAUAUGGAACUAUACCCCAUGUUUCAUUAAAGCCGAAGAGUCUUCAACUACGACAGUGCCGAACGUAGAUGCGCAGGAGCCAGCAGAAAGGCCUACAUGGACUACAUCACCCCAUGGUAAUACUGAGCCUAUAUUCGUGUCACCAAUAUAUGCUCACCUCGAAACAAACAAUCCUAAGGAGCUUUUGAGGUUUUCUGAGAAGGCCUUACCUGCAGAUGCUCAGCUUUUCCCGAAGCAUGCAGUCAUCAGGCAGUACUUGGAAUCCUACGGGGAAGAGGUGAAGGAUCUCGUUCAAUUUGAGACUCAAGUACAAAACCUCAAAGUCAAGGAUCCCCAGAAUAAUACAUGGGAACUGACAGCUACGAAUCUUCGCACUGGGGCUGUCAUCACCUCCACUUAUGAUGCUGUAGUAGCAGCAAAUGGCCAUUACGUUGUCCCUUAUAUCCCCGAUAUCCUUGGCGUCUCGGCCUGGAACAAGGCUUAUCCGAAUUCGAUAUCGCAUUCCAAGUUCUAUGACUCUCCUGAGGUCUUCCGUGGGAAGAAGGUCGUCAUCAUAGGAGGUGCUGCUUCAGGGUUGGAUAUCGGUGCCCAGAUUGGUGCUGUGACCAAGGGGAAGAUCAUUGUCUCACAGCGAUCAGAGUCCUACCUGGCGGUAUCCGCACCUUCGGAUAGAACCAUUCGCCCUCAGAUUGCUGAGUUCCUUCCGCCAGCCAGUCACGAUCGAGAAAUUCGAUUCUCAGAUGGGCAUGUUGAAGACCAAGUUGAUGCCGUCUUGUUCUGCACGGGCUACUUCUACUCGUUCCCCUUCUUGCAAACUUUGGAACCACCUGUUGUGACUGAUGGAUCCCGAACAAGGAAUGUCUACAAGCAAAUAUUCUAUAUAGAACACCCUACUCUUGCGUUCCCUGUGCUGGCGCAGAAAGUGACCCCUUUCCCUAUGGCGGAAAAUCAAGCCGCAGUUUUUGCUCGCGUAUGGUCGGGACGCCUGCCUCUUCCAUCCAAAGAAGACAUGAAAGCUUCCGAGGAUGCGGAGAUUGCACUGCGAGGAGAUGGGAAAGCUUUCCAUGUCUACGAAUACCCUGUUGAUUGUGACUAUAUGAAUGAGAUGUACAGCUGGGCGGGAAAAGCACAACCUCGGUCCGGCCUCGAUAAUGACGGCCAUGGAAAACCCAGCGCAUUCUGGGGAGAAAAAGAACGCUGGCUACGAUCAAAAUUCCCGGAUAUUAGAAGAGCCUUUGUCAAUCAAGGAGAGAAACGCAGCGAGAUCAAAAGUAUUGUUGAUCUUGGGUUCGAAUUCGGCGCAUGGAAGCGGCGGCAACAGGGUGCCCCUAAAUUAUAG